AUGCUGUCAGUAAAAAACAUUAAAAUCAAAUCUUCAAAAGUUUUAUUAAAGGCAGAGCUUCCAGCAGUUUUAACAAUUGCUGGGUCGGAUAGUUCUGGUGGUGCCGGUAUUGAGGCUGAUUUGAAGACUUUUACAGCUCAUAAUGUUUAUGGUUUAACUUGUAUUACUGCCUUAACUGCUCAGAAUACUCAAUUGGUCAAGACUUUUGAAAAAACUCCACAAUCAUUAAUAGAAAGUAUCUUGGAAUUGAAUUUUCAAGAUUUCUUAUAUGGAUACGAGAAGGAUGAUCAACCUUUGAAAGUCGUGAAAACUGGAAUGUUAACCACAGAGACAGUUAGGGUAUUGGCAGGAUAUUUAGGUGAAUUUAAGAAAUACAAUGUGAGGUUAGUGUUGGAUCCUGUUAUGGUAAGUACUUCUGGUUCAUCUUUAUUCAAAGUUGAAGAUCUAGAAUUCUGUGCAUCCAACUUAUUUAAAGAUGCUUAUUUAAUUACACCAAAUUUUGUGGAAGCUACAACUUUAUUAAAGGUUUUAGAUGGAGCUGAAAUUAAAGAAAUCGAAUCUUUAGAAGAUUUAUUCGAAUUUGUGAAGAAAUUACAAAAUGUUUUGGGAUGUGAAAAUUUACUUGUUAAAGGUGGACACUUGCCAUGGAGCACUAAAUCGAACUUACCACUUAAACAAGUAAUCAAGGGAGAGGAAGAAGACGUUGUAAUAAGAGAUGUUCUUUAUGAAUCAAAAUCAGACUCAUUAACUGUGUUUGAAUCUGCAUUUAUUAAUACUAGCGACACUCAUGGAACUGGUUGCACUUUGGCAUCAUCAAUAUCGGCCAAUCUUGCCAAGGGAGAACGCCUUAAUAAUGCCAUAACAUUAUCUAUAGAUUAUAUUCAUAAAGGUAUUACCAGUAUGGGAAGAAAAUUAGGAUAUGGGAAUGGUCCAUUAAAUCAUAUGUCCACUCCAGAAACCAAUGUUCACUCUGUUAUAGUUGCUGAUUCAGUACCCUUAAAACAUACAAACGUAUUAGAUUUCUUUAAGGAACAUCCCAAAGUUCGUGAUAAUUGGAAAGCUUACAUUGAGCAUGACUUUGUGAAUCAAGUUGCAAAUAAUAAGCUUCCAUUUAAUAGAUUUCUUUAUUUCUUAAAGCAAGAUUAUUAUUACUUGAUUAAUUAUGCCCAAAUCCAUGCAUUGGCAGCAUCAGUUGCUCCAACUUAUGGUCAGACUCACUCUGAAGCAGUGAUUAUUGGUGAAGUGAUAAACGAAAUUGAAAGACACAAGGAAAAAUUAUGUAAAGAAUACAAUAUAGAUUAUGAAAGAGAUAGAGAUCUUGAUAUUGAACUUCAACCUGGAAAGGCAUGUCUUGAUUAUUGUGAUUAUCUUUUGAAAAUAGGAAAGUCAGAAAACUUCCUAGGCAUUAAAGUUGCCUUGGCGCCAUGCUUACAUGGUUAUGCCGAAGCUGGUAUAUAUGGAAAACUGAUCAAACAACACGAUACUACGGAUAGUGAAACUUCCAAAGUUUAUGAAUCUUGGUUGAAUGAUUAUUCUUCUGAUUGGUAUUUAAACGCUCACUCAGAGGGUCAAAAAGCAUUGAAUAUCUUAUUUGAAGAUCAACAUAUUGAUGAAGAAAGAAUAGAUGAACUAGUAGAUAUUUUCAAUACUGUAACCAAAUUGGAAGUAUCAUUUUGGGAUGAAGUAUUAAAAUAG